UGUAGGUGGUACCGGUGGUGGCUGUGCUGGGGGGGUGCGGGGUGGUCUCUUCGCUGGGCGCGUUUCCAAACACAGCCGCUCCCUUCAGUCGCCGUGGAGGCGCACUAGAGGAGCCUAGCCGCUCUAGUCCUGCUCCAAACACUGACCUGGAAACCGACACCUGUUUGCCAUAUUUACCAGCCUCCCUGCUCGGUUUAAUUUCGGUAUGAAGAAGAAGCACAACCAGCAGGUGAAGAUAUCGACUCCAAACCGAGUCGACAUGUCCGACUUCGAGGUGACGCUCCAGCAGCUCAACGAUUUGUUGACAGACGAGAGCGGCUUUUACAGCUGGCCGACAAAACACUUCCAUGAGGUUUUCCCCAGGAUCUACGUCGGCAACGCGUUUGUGGCCAUGAAUGUGAUGCGUCUGAAGCGUCUGGGCAUCACCCACAUCCUGAACGCUGCAGAGGGAAACUCCUUCAUGCAUGUCAACACCAACGCUGAGUUCUACGCCGGCACAGGUAUCGUCUACCACGGCAUGCCUGCCAGCGACACCGACCACUUCGACCUCAGCGUCUACUUUGAGGAGGCAGCUGACUUCAUCGAGAAGGCCCUUUCACACAAAAAUGGGAAAGGUAAAGUGUACGUCCACUGCAGGGAGGGCUACAGCCGCUCUCCCACGCUGGUCAUCGCCUACUUAAUGCUUCGCCACAGCAUGGACGUCCACUCUGCCCUGGCCAUGGUACGCCAGAAGAGAGAGAUUGGACCAAACGACGGCUUCCUGCGGCAGCUCUGCCGGCUCAACCAGCGGUUGGCAGCUGAGGGGAAGCUGUGGAACAAAUAAGACAGAGGAGGAAGUGGAUUUGAGAGGAGAGAAUUGCCUCUUAAUUAGCAGAAGGCUUUGCAGGAGAGAGCAGUCCGCUUAAUUGCACGUCACUUUCUUUCACUCGUUCUUCAGCUUUAACAAGCAGCAGAUCUGUGAGAGGAGGAGGGAGGAAAACGAAACAAGGCCACCACUGAGCUGCACACUUCACAUUUACUUAGACCAAGGCUAAAGCCGUCGAGUGUACAAUAUACAUAGAGUAAAGUAAUCAUUCUUCCAUCGUGUAGCGACAAGAUCCUGUGAAUCACAAAUAAUCAGUGGAGGUUACCUCAUGUAUACUAAACUCUUGUGAUUCUCAUACACUAAGUAUAGGUAUGUGUGGUGUGUCUAGACCUGUUGCACAUUUUGAUUUGCUCUCAGAAAAAUACAUACUGUACCUGUUGGAGUCACCUGUCCUGAUCAGUCCAUUUGAUGUGAACGUUCACUCGUUGUUGAAAGUGGUGAAAAUCAUGAAACUUGUUCCUGAGGUGAGAAGUUGUCUCCUCACCAUGUCUUCUCUUUCUACUUUGAGCCCUUCCUCCCUGCUGGCAUCAGGCCCUUUUCCUGCCCUUGGCCUCAAUCCUGCACACACUGCCAAAUCUCUCAGUCCCAGUCGCUCCCAAAGGGGAUUACUGGUGGACACUAUGGUUUUUAUAUUCAAUCGACCGAUCUUAAGUCGCACCCCCCCAGUGCAAACCAGCCAAUCGUAGUUUAGUAAAUGUUGCCCUUGGACAAGUGUCUCCAUAGACGUGAAUGGCGUUUCUCUAGUUGCUGAGGUGUUUUCAGGGGUUUAUGUUAAAAAAAAUCGCCCUGGUGAAACGCUGUGCUUGGGGUCCCUUCAGCAGAGACACACAGAGACUGAGCAAAACCAAAACAAGACCGAGCCACAUGCAUUUCAUACACCUGUGUGCCACCCUACACAUGAAUAUGAAUUGGAAUUAAUAAGCACACCUGUGUUUAGCUGAAGGUAAGUUAUUGUGUUGCAUUCAUAAAAUGACCAAACCAAGAGUUAACACUACAGUUAGAGGCUAUGUUCACUUAACAUGACCUGAGCCUGACCAGAGCCCUGCUGUACCAGCUAAGCCAUUAGUAGGACAGAUCAUUUAGUAACCUAUCACUGAAUUUCACUUUCUCCGUGCCUGAGCACAUAAACCUUGUCUGACCUAGCAACAGUAACUAACGGGGGCGGGACUUAGGAUUGGUCAGUUCUGAUUUUUAGUACAGCUAAGGAUAAUUUUAUCAGAUUUUUUAGAGAACAACACAGUUUAAAACAGCCUGUCUUAGAAGUCUUUUACAAAUCAAAAACUAAGUCUUUCUGUAAAGGUGCUAUUCAGGAAGUCUUUACACUAUUUCACACAACAAGAUCAGUACAAUUUCCUCAUGAUGAAAUCAAACUGGUUUGAUAUUAUCGGAAACAAAAGAAACUUAAUGUGAGAUUUGCGAGACCAGCGGUAACGUCACCGGCAUUCUCAUAUCAAGUGACUGAACAACUAAAAGACUGUGCAACUACAAAAAUGACAGCGGUGGUCACUGAGUGUAGGGUGGGCUUUAUGUUGCAGGGAUCUCUUCUCAUUCCAUAAGCCUGUCCAGUCAAGUCACAGAGAUCAAAAUGACCUUUGACCUCAUGC